CAACUCCUUCGUCGCUUUGAAAUUCUUGCAUUCCCACCCAGCGCCAGCCUCCUUCUCAAAUAUCUCUCUUUCCUUUCUCUCUCUGGACUCUCUUUCUUUUAAUUAUACAGAGAAUGCCUCAGGUUGAUUUAGAAACACUAGUUUCGGCCUGCGCAGGCGGAGGAACCGAACGCAAAAUCACUUGCGAAACACUCGCCGACGACUUAUCCGAGAAUGAUGAUGUAGCUGUCCGCGAUGCUGACGUUCCACAGGACUUUCCGCCGGAGUCGUUCUGGCUGUCGAAGGACGCCGAACUCGACUGGUUUGAUCGAAACGCUUUCUUUGAGCGGAAAGAGUCCACCAAAGGCAUCUCAAAUUUCGCUUACUUGAAUCAGAACCCGAAUUCCAACUCCAAUUCACAGCGGUUUUCAGUGAAAGUCAGGAAGACUUCCCUAUUGGGGUUGCCCAAGACUCAGAAGGCUAACUAUAUCGAAACUGCUAAACGAAGGAAUAAUAAACCCGCAAAUGUAAAGUUGUUCCCGAAACCCUCUUCGUCCGUCGGAAAAGCCCCCGUCUCGGGAGUGGAACCGUCGUCGCCCAAGGUUUCCUGUAUAGGAAGAGUGCGAUCGAAGCGCGGUCGCCGGAGAUCAUCGGGUAAGCGAGAAAUGUCGCUCGACAAGUCGAGAUCGCUUGGGGAUAAGCGGAAAAAGGGGUUCUGUUCUCGGGUUUUGUCCAUAUUUAAAUCCGGAAGUCAUGACAGAAAACCGUUUCGACGGGAGGUUGAGGAAAUAACGGAGGAGUCGACUGUGGAGGAGACGCCAAGGACGAGCGUGACUGUAAGAAUGCGCGAAUUUCCGGUUGGUGUUGAACCCGCGUCCGAACCGCCCGGUUUGGGAGGGCUGAAGAAGUUUGCGUCCGGUCGGAGAUCGGGGUCGUGGAGCACUGAGGAUUUCGACGUGGCACUCUCUAAUUCGCUGGUGGCAGACGGUCCCGCGAAAAGAAGUUGAUUGGAAGUCGUGACAAAACCGCGGGCAUGGAAAUUGUAUGUGAGCGUUGAAAUUUUGGGGUUGUGAUGACGUGGCAGUUGAAGAAUGGCCGAACCUCGUUGAAUUCGAGGUAGAUCAAGGCAGUUGAUCUUGCCUUUUUUUGCCCUUUUCUUUUUUUUUUUUUUAAUCGGGUUUUGCUUCACUUGUAAAUAUGCGUGAUUUACUGCAAAGCCUGUAAAUGCAAACAUUGUGGAUCACACCCCCACCUUAUCUAGACUCUAGUAUCUAGUUAAUCUA